AUUACACUUGCAAGAACUCGAGAAAUGAAUGAGACGAAAGGAAAGGACGCAGUGACGCUUCUCUCUUCUUCUGAAGAAGAUGACGAUGGUUAUGAAGACGAUGACAGCGAUCGCGAUGAAGCGUCCGAAUCCGAUGACUGUGAUCAGGACGAUUCCUCUCUCUCCGACGAAGUUGUCACUCUCCUUCAAGAAGGAAAUGAUAUAGAAUAUUUGAAAUUGAACGAAUGCAAAGCGUAUUUACGGAAACACGGCUUGAGGAUCGCAGGAAAUAGAGAUGUUUGUGUUGCGAGGAUAAAGGAGCAUUGGAGGUUGAAACACGAAAGUGGGUACACGCUGUACCCAAGAUCAUCCUUUACUAUAAAUUGUACUGGUGAUGUCUGCAUGGGAGAUGUUGUUCUGUUCAGACAGAAGGUUUAUGAAAAGUUUGAUAAAGUGAUUCGGCAUGGACAACUUCUAGGAAACAGAACUGUUGCCGGGAGGGUUGUGAAGGAAAGCUAUGGUGCUGCUAAACAACAGCAUACGUUCACUGUCGAGGUACUGUGGAGUAGUGGGGUUAGGAAAUUGCCUCCACUCUUUCCUUUGCUUGUAAAGGGCCGAAAUCUCUAUAAACAGAAAACUUACCGGCAGAGAUGGAAAAAGGAAGCUGAUAGAGUUGAAGUGCUCUGUGAGAAGCACAAUCGUGGUGCUGCAGCUAGAUCUGUGAGAGCAUUGAAGCAAAAAAAGAAAAGAUAUGCAAAUCAAUCUUAUGGUUCAAAACGGCAGCAUGAAAUCCAUAAUACAAAACUAGAAAGAUCCUGUGUAGUGGCUAAGGUUAGGCACCGAGAUGACCCCAAAAGAGCAAACUACUUUCUACCCCAAGAGGCCAGUUCAUCAACUCAAGCACUAUGGAAGGAGAAUGCUUCUUCAAGAACCACCAGAUCUACAAGGGGAAGGCAUAAAACUGCUGAAUUUGACCGUUAUCAAGCUCCAAUUUAUUCAAUGUACGGUAGUUAUCCACAAAGUUCAUUCCAAUAUCGAGUAUAUUCUCAAAGCAGGAGACCAAGAGAAUUCUUUUAUCACGAGAGAGCUCUAAUUCCAAAUAUGACAGGAUUCCCACCUUUGAGUUCUCGUAUCGAUGAAUUCACAUCUAGAUCACGACAUCUGGCAUCCAGCGAUAGUCAUCGUGCCCACACCAGCUUAUACGACUUUGAAAUGAAUAAUUUGAAUGUUGGUCAUGUUGACAGGCCGUUACGAUCGUCUCCAAAAGUCAAGUAUGGACGGAGAAAGUACGGUGUAUGAUGUGAU